GGCGAGGAGGCACGGUCCUCUUAAAAGGCGCCCGGACCCCUCGGACCGCCGAGAGACCGGUAGACGUCCGCGACCAGAGUGCCAGGCUCGGACCCUCGGCGACGACCUUUGCUCUCUUCGCAGCGGCGGGAGCGUCAGUAGCGGGCCAACGACCGAGUCGUCGUCCACGAGGAAGAAGAAGAGGCGCCCGCGCCAAGUGGGUCAGUGGGGCGCACCGGCCCGCCAGCGCCGACGACGACGCCAACGAACGGGGCCAGCGUCGGCAGACGCACCGUGUACUGUCGUCCGGCAAGCAGCGCCUGCGUUGGGCUGCAGUAGCGACCAUGCGCACCUCCGUCGCCACGUUCGCGCUACUCCUGCUGCUCGGUGCUACCGCCUGGGCAGAGGAUGAGAAGGACAAGGAAGGACUGGGCUACGUGAUGGCCUUCCCCAUGGAAGAGCCCAAGCCGUCCGGCGGCCGCGUCGAAACCGUGGUCGUCGAGUCGUCCAAGGCCGAGGACCUCCGCCAGGUGCUGGGUGCCUACAAAGCGGCCACCAGAAUGAGGCAGCGCCAGCAGCAGCAGCCUCCGCAGCCUCUGCCGCCCCCGAUGCAGCGCAUGCCACCACCCGACCAGAAGCCCCCGCUGCUGCUCCUCGUGGUGCAUGCUCCGAGACCCCCCGUGCCUGCGCCGUUCCGCGCGGGCCCUCCCAUGUCCGGCCCACCGCCCGGCUUCCUGCAGGGGCCACCCGCGGGUCCUCACCCCGGCAUGAACCCGUACGGCAUGGUUCCCGCCCCACCAGUCGCCCCCGCUCAGGUCCAGAUGCCCGCUCCGCCAUCGUCGCACCCUCCCCGAACCCACGCUCCACUUGUCGCCGCCAACCGCGCUAACGGCCCGCCGCGCGACAACGGGCAGGGCCUGCACUUCGCCAUCGUGCAGGAGCCGUACAUCGUCAACACUGUCAUGCCCGCGCCUUCCAUGAACCGAGGGGAUUUCGGACCCAUGAUGCGGCCCGCGUUCCUGCCCGGUCCCGCUCUGUUCUCCGGACCUCCUUCCCCUCCGCCUCCCCACCAUCCGAUGAUGCACGGUAGCCACUCCAUGAUGCCCCCACCCCACAUGAUGCACCCCGACUCUCCGAUGAUGAUGCGCGGUCCGCCGAUGUCGCACGGCCCACAGAUGAUGCACAGUCCUUCCAUGAUGGUGCCAUUCCACGCAUUCAUGCCCGCUCCACCGAUGAUGCACGGUCCUCCGUUUAUGAUGCACGGUCCCCAGAUGAUGCCCGGCGCUCCGAUGAUGCACGGUCCUCACAUGAUGCCGUCUCCCGCCGCGAUGAUGUACGGUCAUAUGGCCAGGCCACGGGUUGGACCGGUGGUCGUGGUGCCGGUCGCGGUACUGUUCGCCGAGCGACCCGAACCGCAGCGUGAGAGUCCGCGCGAGAAACCCGCUCAACCUCCUCAGCCGACUCCUCCGACGCCACCACCUGCAGCAACCCGGCGAAUUACGACUAUGGAGCGCCUCGGCGUCAACUACGCGCCGGACGAAGAAGACGACGACGACUUGAGCCCGAUGGCGACCAUUCGGGCAGCCAACACCGUUUUGCGCAUGCUCAUGAGCAGCUAGCUGCGUUCCUGUGAUACAUCCCACCCAUCCCACCCUCCCGUCCUUUGCACCUAAUGUACAGCCAGAGCAAUAAAUCAUUCCUCUUUUAUUUUUUAUUAUUCA